UUACAAAAAUUAAGAAUCGUAUUCUCUCUUGUAUUCUUUUCACAAUUUAUUUUAUUUUUACUUUCCUCUUUAUUAUUAUUUUUUAUCCACUCGUGUAUUCAUCUCCUUCUUCUUCCUCCUCCUCCUCUCUGUAACAAAGUGUCAAAGCCCUCAAAAGUCACUGCCCUCGAACCUUCCCUCUCUUCUUCCUCCAUUUCUCCCUUUCCCUUUUUCCCCCUCUUUCUCUUUUUUCCCUUUUCCCCUUUCCCCCAUUUUCACCUCUUCAAACCCCAUUUAUAAUCUCCUCAUCUCAUACUCCACUUAACUCACUCGCCUUCAACUUCUUCUCCAUAGCUGUUAUUUGCUUCUUUCAGUGAUUUCUAAGAUAUUUCUGUCAAUGGAGCUUGUUGAUGCUCGUGGUGGUGAUUUGGGGGUGACUCGGAAGAGGAAGAGAUACGAUGGAGAAAACAACAUGUUGAGCAACUUUUCUUUGGAUGAUCUCAAUCAAGACAUUCUCGAGAGGGUGCUUUCGAGGCUACCAACCUCGGCAUUCUUUCGCCUUUCUUCAGUGUGCAAAAGAUGGAAAUCGGUUGCAGCUUCUUCGAGUUUCAAGUCUGCGUGUUCGGACAUUUCGGCACGUGACCCUUGGUUUUUCAUGGUUGAUCCACAUCUCAACCGCUCGAUUGUUUUCGAUUCGACUGAGAAAAAUUGGAAGAAGCUUAACUAUCCAAACCUACUUCAGAAUCAUCAUCUCGACUCGAUGCCUGUUGCUGCCUCUGGUGGUUUGAUCUGUUUUCGUAAUUCAUUGGGAAACUUUGUUGUGUCCAAUCCUUUAACGGGCUCCUGUAGUGAGCUUCCUCCUGUGGAUCUUGACCAAAAAGAUCAAUCUCUUCAUGCCAUUGUGAUGAGUGCAGACCCCGAUGGUUGUAAGGGCUCUUACAAGCUUGUAUUGGUCUAUGGCCAAGUUCCAAAGCUUCGGUUCAAAGUGUACAGUUCAACAACGGGUUGCUGGGACGAGGAUUUUGCCUUGAGUAGAAAAGUUGAUGAUUCUAUCGACUUCAACUUCAACGAUGAUACUGUUGUGUACUUCCUAAGUCGGACAGGAAAUGUAGUGUCCACAAAUAUGCAGAGAAGCCCAUCCAAGCAAUAUUCAUCGGUCGUUACGAACAAAAAUGGAGAGGAUACCGUCUAUUUCAUUAGCUCAUCCGGGACUAUCAUGGCUUGUAAUCUGAGCAAGAGAUGCUUUGUGGAGUACUCCAGGCUCUUGCCUGUCUUUUCAGAGUACUCUAUCGAUGUUGUUGAGUGUCGAGGUGAGAUGUUAGUUGUUAUGUUAUCUGAGUUUCUUGAAACUGCAAGCCUUAGAGUUUGGAGAUACGACGAGGAAGCUCGAACUUGGCAUCAAAUUGCAGCAUUACCUCCUGCCAUGUCGCAUGAAUGGUAUGGCAAAAAGGUCGAUAUUAACUGUGUCGGAGCUGGUGACCAGAUACUCAUAUGCAUGAACUCAAAUGACCUUUAUACAUAUCUACUGUGCGAUCUCGUUGAAAAUCAAUGGACCGAAUUGCCCAAAUGCUACAUGAAUGGUGAAGCUGUGGAGUUUAUGUCUGCCUUCUCAUUUGAGCCUAGAAUUGAGGCUACUGUAUGACAUGAGAAUGGAGAUAACACCAUUGAAUCCAACUAGUUAUUAAUUGUUAUUAUUAUUUUUUUAUAUAAAAAAAAUUGUUCUAUAGCUGUCUAGUUCUGUAAGCUUUGAAUUCUUUGUCUUCUUAGCCGACUUGGCUAAUGGAAUUUCAAGUUGAGAAUAGAAGGAGAAAGGAGAAAUGUAGAUUCUUU